ACAACACGGCAAAGCACUUUGGUCGGACUCCGUCUGUAGCUGAGCUGCUAGCUUGGCUGAUAAGUAGCUCUCCGAUCUGCUGUAGAUGCGGACAGUCACGGUGUGAUACAAGCAAUUGACGGUAUUAAACUUGAACACCAGUAGAGGAAGAUGAGGCUGAAGGAGAUCCAGAGGACUGCCCACCAGGCGUGGAGUCCUGCCGAACACCACCCUGUCUACCUGGCCUUAGGGACAUCAGCACAACAGCUGGAUGCCUCUUUCAACACCACAGCUGCCAUAGAGAUAUUUGAGAUGGAUUUUUCAGACCCCUCUCUGGACAUGCAGCUCAAAGGGUCAUUACCCACCACGAACAGGUUGCACAGUAUUGUAUGGGUAAAUUUUGGAAUGGGAGCCGAUGGUACUGGAGGAAGGCUGGUUGGUGGGAGUGAAAAUGGCACAUUGACCGUCUAUAACCCGGAGGCCAUAAUGAGCUCUGGCCCGGAGGCAAUCGUGGGUCAGUCUGAGAAACACACAGGACCCGUCCGAGCACUCGACUUCAACCCGUUUCAGAGUAAUCUCCUCGCUUCAGGAGCAAAUGAUUCAGAGAUAUAUAUUUGGGAUUUAAACAACUUUAGCAGUCCGAUGACACCCGGAGCAAAGACACAGCCUGCCGAAGACAUCAGCGUCGUCUCCUGGAACAGGCAGGUCCAGCACAUCCUGGCCUCGGCCAACCCCAGUGGGAAGGCGGUCGUGUGGGACCUGAGAAAGAACGAGCCCAUCAUCAAGAUCAGUGAUCACAGCAACAGGAUGCACUGUUCAGGAAUGCUCUGGCACCCUGACGUGGCUACUCAGCUGGUGUUGGCCUCUGAAGAUGACCGACUGCCCGUCAUCCAGAUGUGGGACCUCCGUUUUGCCACAUCACCUCUAAAAGUCCUCGAGAACCACACGAGGGGAAUUCUGUCCAUAUCCUGGAGCCCCGCCGACUCUGAGCUCCUGCUGAGUAGCGCUAAAGACAACCGGAUCCUCUGCUGGAAUCCAAACACUGGAGAGGUGAUUUAUGAGCUUCCAACCGCAAACCAGUGGUGUUUUGAUGUCCAGUGGUGCCCCAGGAAUCCAGCCCUGCUCUCUACAGCAUCGUUUGAUGGGAGAAUUACUGUUUACUCUGUGAUGGGAGGGAGCCUGAAAGCUCAGCAGCAAAGCACAGCUGAUAGGAUAUCCUCCUCAUUCGACACAAUGGAUCCCUUUGGGACGGGGCAGGUGCUGCCUCCCCUGCAGGUUCCUCAGCCUUCAGUGCAGGACACCAUAGUUCCUCCUCUGAAGAAGCCGCCUAAGUGGGUGCGCAGGCCAGUGGGAGCCUCCUUUGCUUUUGGUGGAAAGCUGAUAACCUUUGAGAAUCCCAAGCUGCCUCCGGUGCAGAGCCCCCAGCCGGUCCCCAGACAAGUGUUUGUGAGCCAGGUUACCACGGAGACCGAGUUCCUCCAGCGCUCCAGGGAGCUGCAGGCAGCGCUGCAGUCGGGCUCCUUCAACAACUACUGCCAGGCCAAGAUUCAGAACGCCAAGUCAGACGCUGAGCAGGACAUAUGGAAGUUCCUUCUGGUUAAUUUUGAGGAUGAGGCCCGCAUUAAGUUCCUCAGACUGUUGGGCUUCAGCAAAGAUGAAUUGGAAAGAAAGAUUUCAAAAUGCCUGGGGAAGAAUUUCCAACCCAACGGCCACGGAGUAGAUGCCAGAGACCUGGCAGAGAAGAUGCAGCGCCUCUCCACUGAGAGGGCCGACGAAGCAGCUGCAGCAGCCGACGCGAGAACGUCAGGUUCUGUUUCACCAGCAGACUUCUUCAGUCAGACGCCGAAGGAAAACUCCAACUUCCAGAUCCCUGUGUCAUGUGAUACGGAUGGUUUGAUAAGCCAGGCACUGCUGGUCGGCAACUUCGAGGGAGCUGUGGAUCUGUGUCUCAACGACGGCCGCUACGCUGAAGCCAUCCUGCUGUCAAUCAGCGGAGGAGAAGAGCUGCUCAAGAAGACUCAGCAGAAGUAUCUCAGCAAGCAGAAGAACAGCAUUUCAAUGCUCAUAUCAUCAGUGGUGACUCAGAACUGGAGAGACAUCGUGCAGAGCUGUGAGCUGGACAACUGGAAGGAGGCUCUGGCUGCUCUGCUGACCUACGCUCACCCUGAAGAUUUUGCUCGUCUGUGCGACACCCUGGGAGGCCGGUUGGAGGGCGAGGGUACCGAGAAGCGCUGCCUGCAAGCCUGCUUGUGCUACAUCUGCUCGGGGAACAUUGAGAAGCUGGUAGAGUGCUGGGCCCUGCAUAGAGACUGCUCCUCUCCACUUGGUCUAGAGGAUCUGGUUGAGAAAGUCAUGAUGCUGCGAAAGUCAAUCGAACGCCUCCGCAACAGCGAGGUGGCGGUCCAGAGCCCCAUCCUGGCCGAGAAGCUGACCUGCUACGCCGGCAUACUGGCUGCAGAGGGCAGCCUGGGCACCGCCAUGACCUAUCUGCCCGAGAACUCAGAGCAACCUGGGAUCAUGAUGCUGAGAGACAGGCUGUUUCAUGCUCAGGGAGAGGCUGCUGCCGUCCAACAGCCUCCAAACUCCUUCAACAGAGUUGGCGCGUCCACAGCGAAGCCAGCUCCUGCUGCUCAGACUCCUGCACCAAAAGCACAAAUCAUGAGUCAGUACCAGCCAUCUGCUCCUUCCCAAGUGGCUGCCCAACAGCAGCCUCCGAUGCCAUCAGUUUUUACCCCUCAAACUGCUCCGGCCAACCCAGGGCCUGGUCUGCCUCCCUCUGCUCACGUUCUGCCGCCCAGCGCCACCCGCCCUGUCAUGAGACCUCCCUACCCCCAGCAUCCUGCUACGGCUCCAGGUUUCCUUCCUCAUCAGCCAUUCCAGCCUCAGCCUAUGUCCACUGGCGGACCCUUAUCCUUCCCUCCUCCAGGUCCUUCUAUGCCGGCUGCUAACUUAUCAGGACCUCAGCUGCCGCCUUCGUCGUCGACCACCGGAGGCCUGCCCCCCAUGCCCAGCCCCGGGGUGCCACCGACGGGCUUCAUGCCGUCUACCUCUUUGCCUUCAGGCCUCAUGCCACCCAGCUCCCAGCCUGGAGCCCCGGUUCCCAUGUACCCGGGGGGCCUCCACAACCAGGGGCCUGCACCCCCCAUCGCUUCUGGACCCUAUGUUCCUCUGGGAUCAGGGUAUCCUCAAGGAGGCCCUGGAGCUCCUGCUGUAAAGCCCUUACCGACCGCCGCCGUCGCUCCUCCUCCGACAGGAUACUUUCCUUGGCUGAAUUCCCAGACUGACACUGAAGGGCCUCAGGAGGGCUGGAACGACCCGCCAGCAGUACGAGGUGGACCCAGGAAGAAGAAGGUCCCUGACAACUACACUCCACCAGCGCCCAUCACGGCCCCUGUGAUGGGAUUCCCGGUGGAGGCUGCUCAGUCUCUGGAUCACACCCAGGUCCCCCCUGGAGCCCCCCAGGAGCCCAGCGUGCAGCUUCUCCAGCAGCUGCCGGCAGAGAGGGUGGAGCAGAAGGAAAUCCCCGCUGAGCACAUGGUCCUCAAAUCCACCUUCGACAGCCUGGUGCAGCGCUGCCAGCUCGCGGCGGGAGACCCGCAAACUAAAAGGAAGCUGGACGACGCAGCCAAACGUUUGGGGCACCUGUACGAUAAGCUGAGAGAGCAGUCGCUCUCUCCCAACAUCCUGAACGGGCUCCACGAGAUCAGCCGCUGCGUGGCCAGCCAGAACUACCAGCGCGGCCUGGAGGUCCACACGCAGGUGGUGGGCAGCAGCAACUUCAGCGAGAUCUCCUCCUUCAUGCCAAUCCUCAAAGUGGUCAUGACUAUCGCCAACAAGCUGGGCGUCUGAAGCCGCCGCCCGCCAGACUUCAGUGUUACCAUAUUGUUAUAUAUGUAUUUAUUUCUUUUGGACGUGACGACGUGCGCUGAUAGUGAGAACGAUGGCUGAUGAUGAUGAUGAUAUUAAACGAUUGUGGUCUUCAUCACUCCGUUCGUGUUCCUUCCCAGAGGACUCGGCUGAUUCGGGCGGCGAGGUGGAUUUUUUUUGUUUGUUUUUGUCGCUGUGAUAAUUUUACAAAAAACAAAACAAAAAACAGAUGAAUGUAUUCUGAAAGUGGUGAUUCUGUGUAAAUUGAUGUAAUAUACGAAGCGAGCGGCGAGGAGGCGGUCGCGUUAGUAGGUGCUUUUUCAUACUCCACCUUAACACCGGUUCAGAUUUGUUCUCUCACUUCAGCAGCGGUUAAAAAAAAAACAAAUCAUGUGGGACUAGCGACCAGGUCGGGGUCAUCAGAAUAAAACCUGGGUUACUGUCCAACCUGUCAGUGUACUCUGUAUGAGGGAGAAACUUUUUUUUAACCGAGUGGUUUCACAACAAGCAUUUAAAAAACACUACCGUGAGCUCUGAUGGUUCUCUUCACCUGCUGCUGGGAGCCGUUGUGUCCCGGUCAUCGUGCCAUGAGGGGGUUUUGGGCCAAAGCACUGCAGAAGAAUGUCAGAAAGUGAUUGUCAGGGUUUUGUUUGAUUCAGCACUGGUCCAGACAACUUGUGUGAAUGAGUUGUUUUUUCUCCCUCCUCCCCAGACUUGCUUCGGUGUUGCUUCCCUCACCUACUGCUGAACUCACAUGGCAGCUUGUAAAGAAUUAACGCCCUUAACGAACCCUCAAAGAUCCCCUUCCUCCUCCUCCUCCUCCUCCUCCUCCUCUCUACCAUCUUCUCCUUUUGUGUUUCCAGAUGACUUCUUGUUUUUUAUGUUUUAGAUCAUACAUGAACUGACGGAAUGAAUAAAUCUCCAGAGUUGUGUAGCUGGACGUGGAUAGUUUGGUUUGUGGUGGCAGCAGAAGGCAGUGAAGUGCCUCGCUGUGCCCGUUUCGGCUGCACAGAUAUUUAUACAAUCCAUUGUUGCUUACUUUGCUCAUUUCGGGAUCUUUUUCAAAUAAAAGAAAUUUCACUUUAAACAUUU